GAGGAGGCGUCUCCCGGGCGGCUGGUGGCUAUUUCCGGAGUAAGAUGGCUGCAGCGCGCGUGCUGGGGACCUGGAGCUGGAGCUGGAGUGCUGUCAGACUGGUUUGUGUUCGCUAUUUUCAAACAUGUAAUAACGUACAUGUUUUGCAGCCAAAAUGUGUGUGUUCCUUCAGUUAUCCUUUGUUCAAACAUAAUCAACCACAUCGCUCCCUGAGAACAGCAGCUGUGCUACAGGGACAGGUUGUUCAAUUCAAACUCUCUGACAUUGGAGAAGGGAUUCGAGAAGUAACUAUUAAAGAAUGGUAUGUAAAAGAAGGCGAUACUGUCUCUCAGUUUGACAGCAUCUGUGAAGUUCAAAGUGACAAGGCCUCUGUCACCAUCACCAGCCGCUACGAUGGCGUCAUUAAGAGGCUCUAUUACAAUCUAGAUGAUAUCGCUUAUGUGGGGAAGCCGCUGAUAGACAUCGAAACCGAAGCCUUAAAGGAUUCAGAAGAAGAUGUUGUUGAAACUCCUGCUGUGUCUCAUGAAGAACACACUCACCAAGAGAUAAAAGGCCAGAAAACACUAGCGACACCUGCCGUUCGUCGUCUGGCAAUGGAAAACAACAUUAAGCUGAGUGAAGUUGUUGGCUCGGGAAAAGAUGGCAGAAUACUCAAAGAAGAUAUUCUCAACUUUUUGGAAAAGCAAACAGGAGCCAUAUUGCCUCCAUCGCCAAAAGCUGAAAUACCACCACCUCCACCACAACCCAAAGACAGGACCUUUCCCAUGCCAAUAUCAAAGCCUCCAGUGUUCACAGGCAAGGACAGGACAGAGCCCGUAACAGGCUUCCAAAAAGCAAUGGUCAAGACCAUGUCUGCAGCCCUGAAGAUUCCCCACUUUGGCUAUUGUGAUGAAGUUGACCUUACUGAACUGGUUAAGCUUCGGGAAGAAUUAAAACCUGUUGCUUUGGCUCGUGGAAUCAAACUCUCCUUCAUGCCCUUCUUCUUAAAGGCCGCUUCUUUGGGCUUGCUACAGUUUCCUAUCCUCAAUGCCUCCCUGGAUGAAAACUGCCAGAACGUCACCUACAAGGCUUCUCACAACAUUGGGAUAGCAAUGGAUACUGAGCUGGGGUUGAUUGUCCCCAAUGUGAAGAAUGUUCAGGUCCGCUCUGUAUUUGAGAUUGCCAUGGAGCUGAACCGUCUCCAGAAACUGGGUUCUUCGGGUCAGCUCAGUACCGCCGACCUUACCGGAGGGACAUUCACUCUUUCCAACAUUGGCUCAAUUGGUGGAACCUAUGCCAAGCCAGUGAUCUUGCCACCUGAAGUAGCCAUUGGGGCCCUGGGAGCAAUUAAGGCCCUUCCCCGAUUUGACCAGAAAGGAGACGUUUAUAAAGCACAGAUAAUGAAUGUGAGCUGGUCAGCGGAUCACAGGAUCAUUGAUGGAGCCACGAUGUCACGCUUCUCUAAUCUGUGGAAAUCCUACCUGGAAAACCCGGCAUUUAUGCUGCUAGAUCUGAAAUAGUGCAAAUAAGACAUCCUUGAACGGUUUGUGUUUCCAAAGAGUACAUGAGGCCUGGCUGUGCCAGCAUGGAUUCUUGUUAGAGUUGCAUUAGAAGUGACCCGAGUUCCCUGCUUAAGGCUCUAGAGCACAGUAUUUAUCACUGUCAUGCUAGGCUCUGCUGAAAAUGAACAAUGGCAUAAUGAUUGUCCUGGGGUAUCACGUUGUGUAGGUCAGAGGGUGACUUCUUAAUAUGGUGCUGAGAUCUUUGUGUCAAUGAGUUGAAACAGGCAACAAAACAAAAUUCGUGUUACUAAAGACAAGUAGCAAUAUACACGUGGUAUUUGCCAUGUUUCUUUCUUUUUUUAAUUUUUUAACUGACUUUUUUAGUGAAACUUUUAAAUUAUACUUUACUGGGGAAAGGAAUUUAUAGUCCAGUGUUUUCCAUUUCCCUACAAUCAUGGUAACUGUUCUACCAAAUAAGUGCAAUUCUCCUUAUCUUUUCAGAUGAUGAGGUGUACUCUUGCCUUGUGUAUAAAGUAUCAUCUUUAAAUGUGUUAGAGCUGAAAUUAGCAUUAUUUAAAGGGAAAAUUCUAAUCUGCUCUUAACUGUAGAUUUACAACCAGUAAGGCUGUGACAGGUAAAUGUUUUCAACGGAUCGACUUCUAGAGCUGUGGUGAUGCUUUGGCAUUUUUUCUGGGAAAUACUUGACUUUCCAAACUCACUUUGUGACAUAAAAUACCAUAAAUACAGCAGCCAUUGAUUUUUUUUUUUUUUAAUGCUUAGAGAUUUGUUGCCUUUUAAUUUUAUUGAUCUUCAGCUAAACACAAGAAAGAGACUUGGAAUCUGUUCUGUUCUCCUGACCCUCAGUAGGAGCAAGAAUAGGAAAAGGGUCAAAUGGAAAUUGUGGACUAAAAUUAGUUUAUACAGAAAUGCUACUAAUGGUCAUCUUGAUAAGUUAGUUUAUACAGAAAUGCUACUAAUGGUCAUCUUGCUACAGGUCCACUUUAAUCAGAUAGCAUCAGGAUUAAUCUAAUUCAAGGCGGGGCACGCCUUUAUUCCCAGCACUUGAGAAGCAGAGACAAGUGGAUCUCUGAGUUUGAGACUAGCCUAGUCUACACA